AUGACUGAGGCAGCAGUGAGCUGGUAUUUCUUCCGGUUGUCAGGAUUCAUGCUGCCCUCGCCUAUUGUCAGCAGUGGCUCCAUACUGGCUUUGUGGUUUACAACAGACUUUGCUGUGAGUGCACAGGGCUUCAAAGCUGUAUAUGAAGUCCUACCAAGCCACACCUGUGGCACCCCAGGCCUUAUUCCAAAUGGAAUUAUUCAUGGAACGAGGUACAACAUGGGGGACAAGAUCCGAUACAGCUGCGAGUCAGGUUUCGUGCUGGAAGGUCACAGUAUCCUCACAUGCAUCGUAUCACCUGGCAGUGGAGCACAGUGGGACUUCCCAUCACCGUUUUGUCGAGCGGAGGGAGCAUGUGGAGGAACGUUACGAGGCACCGCAGGUUCAAUCACCAGCCCCGGAUACCCAGCAGAGUAUGACAACAACCUGGAUUGCACAUGGUCAAUCCUUGCUGAACCCGGGGACACUAUCGCUCUUGUUUUCAAUGACUUCCUAUUAGAAGACAAAUAUGACUUUCUGGAAAUCAGCGGGACAGAAGCACCAAGCAUAUGGCUGACAGGUACAACUCUACCCUCACCGGUGAUAUCGAAUAAGAACUGGCUUCGGAUACACUUCACCUCAGACAGCAAUCACAGAAGAAAAGGAUUUAGUGCUCAGUAUCAAGUGAAGAAAGCCAUAGAGUUAAAGUCCAGAGGAGUAAAGAUGAUGCCCAGUAAAGACUCCAGUCACAAAAACGCUGUCUUGAGCCAGAGUGGUCUUGCUGGAGACGUUUGUCCAGAUCCUGGAGUUCCAGAAAAUGGCAAAAGGAUGGGUUCAGUCUUCCAGGUCGGCUCGAGCGUCCAGUUCAGCUGUGAUGACAGCUACGUACUGCAUGGAUCCAAAAGUAUCACCUGUCAACGGGUCACCGACACGCUGGCUGCUUGGAGCGACCACAGACCCAUCUGCAGAACCCGUACCUGUGGCAGUAAUCUGAGAGGGCCCAAAGGCGUGAUUACAUCUCCUAACUACCCUGUUCAGUAUGAGAACAAUGCACACUGUGUAUGGGUCAUCACUGCAAUGGACUCUGAAAAGGUUAUAAAGCUGUCAUUUGAAGAGUUUGAUCUGGAGAGAGGCUAUGACACGCUGACUGUGGGAGACGGUGGAAAGAUAGGGGACACUCGGAGGGUACUCUAUGUACUUACUGGUACCAGCGUCCCUGAUCUCAUCGUGAGCUUGUCGAAUCAGAUGUGGCUACACCUGCAGUCAGAUGACACAAUCGGCUCUGCAGGGUUCAAGGCUAUCUAUGAAGAAAUUGACAGGGGAGGUUGUGGCGAUCCCGGGGUGCCUGCGUUUGGUCGUCGUAGCGGCGAUCGCUUUCAGCACGGUGAUGUGUUGACCUUCUUUUGCCAGUCGGCUUUUGAGCUCGUGGGAGAAAAAACCAUCACGUGCCAGCACAAUAACCAGUGGUCUGGAAACAAACCCAGUUGUGUGUUUUCUUGUUUCUUCAACUUCACGGCUCCGUCAGGGACAGUGCUGUCCCCAAACUACCCAGAAGAGUAUGGUAACAACUUAAACUGCGUGUGGUUGAUAAUUUCUGAGCCAGGCAGCCGGAUACAUCUCUUCUUCUCCGACUUUGACCUGGAACCGCAGUUUGAUUGGCUGGUGGUUAAAGACGAAGGUUUGAGAGGUCAGAGAACAGAAGGCGGUACGUGGCGAAGUGAACCUGGGAACGCCUGCAACAGCUGUGAGAAACCGUCAGAUCUGCCAUUCCUCACACUUCAACAGUGUGGGUGCGUGCGAGCCCGGAGAGCACUCUCCCAUGACAACUACGUCAGCGACCCGGAGACGGUGUCGAAAGAAGACCGCACCGCACAGGGAGACAGCUCACACCGGCUCGGCACACAUGCGCACAAAUAA